UUCUUAACCAUCAAAAUGCUCUACAAGCGGUUGAGGCGAAUCCCCGCAUUUAUGCAUCUCCCACUCGAGAUUUUGUUAAACGAAAUACACGAGUGCCUUGCUAACCUGCCGAGUGCAGGCAAGGGCGGAAGAACAUCCGCAAUGGAGUUUUGGGGGAUUGAAGAGAGUAGUCCGGAAAUGGUGGUGCAUCCGGACGAUGCGGCCGUGCGCGGCUUCGAGGGCGAUCAGUCUGCCUAUCGCAUCAACCGACUCUCGGAGGCCCGAACGCGCAUUUGGUCCGAGACUCUGGCGCUUCUGUCUG